AUGCAGCAGCAGAAGCUCAGGGGUCUCCCUGUGGGGGGUCUCUGUCUCUUUGUUGUUUUUGCUGCUGCAGCAGCACUCUGCAGCAGCGCCGUUUCUCCCUCUCUCGCAUCCCCUUUCUCCCCCUUAUCCGAAGACCCAGCACCACCACCACCACCAGCACCACCAGCAGCAGCAGCAGCAGCAGCAGCAGAGGGAGCAGCAGCAGCAGGAGGUCACCGAGAUAAAAUAGGAAAGAUGAAGGUAAAGGUUGGGGCCUCUCGUCUUCUCUCUGCUGGUAACGGCAUAACAGCAACAAAAGGAGAUAUACAAAUAAAGGGCUUCGAUGCUCACCUGAAGUUUAAUACGCUGCAGCUGCAGACGCAGCGUGCUGCAGCAGCAAAAGCAGCAAAACAAAUUAAAAUGCCUUUUACUACACAGCUAGCUCGCAUCAGCGGUGCAGCAGCAGCAGCAGCAACAGCAGCAGCAGCAGAUAACCCAGACCAGACGAAUCAAACAAAUACAGACAACAACAGCAGCAACAGCAGCAAUAGCAGCAGCAACAGCAGCAGCAGCAGCAGCAGCAGCAGCAACACAGCUCGUAAAGAAAGGAUAAUGAGGAUACUUAGAGUCCUCGUGCCAGCCAUUCGACAGAGACUGCUGCUGCUGCGGUUCAGUCCCCAAACUGCAGCAGAAUCAGAACCAGCAGCAACCCCCAGCAGCAGCAACAGCAGCAGCAGCAGCAGCAGCAGCAGCAGCAGCGGGGACAGUGUGCAGACGCAGGGAGGCAGUGAAACCCCAGGACCUGAGGAGACAGCAGAGAUAAAUACAAAGACAGAGACUGAGAAACUAAAAACAGAAAACGAAAGGCUGCAGCGGACAGUUAGAGCUUUGUCUUUUGCUGUUAGGGGUCUCCUCCGUCGCUCCAUGCUGCUGCGGUCGCAGCUGGCUCAGCAGCAGCAGCAGCAGCAGCAGCACAGCAGCAGCAGCAGCAGCAGCAGCUUCUCCCCCUUAUCCGAAGACCCAGCACCACCACCACCACCACCACCGGCACCACCAGCAGCAGCAGCAGCAGGAGCAGCAGCAGCAGAGGGAGCAGCAGCAGGGGGUCACCGAGACAAGAUAGGAAAGAUGAAGGUAAAGGUUGGGGCCUCUCGGCUUCUCUCUGCUGGUAACGGCAUAACAGCAACAAAAGGAGAUAUACAAAUAAAGGGCUUCGAUGCUCACCUGAAGUUUAAUACGCUGCAGCUGCAGACGCAGCGUGCUGCAGCAGCAAAAGCAGCAAAACAAAUUAAAAUGCCUUUUACUACACAGCUAGCUCGCAUCAGCGGUGCAGCAGCAGCAGCAGCAACAGCAGCAGCAGCAGAUAACCCAGACCAGACGAAUCAAACAAAUACAGACAACAACAGCAGCAACAGCAGCAAUAGCAGCAGCAACAGCAGCAGCAGCAGCAGCAGCAGCAGCAACACAGCUCGUAAAGAAAGGAUAAUGAGGAUACUUAGAGUCCUCGUGCCAGCCAUUCGACAGAGACUGCUGCUGCUGCGGUUCAGUCCCCAAACUGCAGCAGAAUCAGAACCAGCAGCAACCCCCAGCAGCAACAGCAGCAGCAGCAGCAGCAGCAGCAGCGGGGACAGUAUGCAGACGCAGGGAGGCAGUGAAACCCCAGGACCUGAGGAGACAGCAGAGAGAAAUACAAAGACAGAGGCUGAGAAACUAAAAACAGAAAACGAAAGGCUGCAGCGGACAGUUAGAGCUUUGUCUUUUGCUGUUAGGCAGGCAAAGACACAGCAGCAGCUCAUACUGAAACUUUGUCUCCGUUGGAGUCUCCUUUGGCCCUAA